AUGAAGACUCAGUCUAUGCUUCUCGCAGCUAUGGCCUCUGUGCCUGCUGUGCUUGCCCACACUGUCUUUACAGACUUUUACGUCGACGGAGUGCCCCAGGGUGAUGGCGUUGCCAUGCGUAUGAACCCCAACGCUGAGACCGCCGGCAGCCCCAUUGCUAGCCUUGACAGCGAUGACAUGGCUUGCAAUGUUGGUGGCACCAAGGGUGUAUCUCGUACCCAGCCCGUCAACGACGGCGCACUCCUAACAUUCGAGAUCCGUGAGUGGGCAGACGAUGCAUCCAUGGGAAGCAUCGACCGUGGCCACUACGGACCAUGUGCCGUCUACCUGAAGAAGGCCGCUGGAGACGGAUGGUUCAAGAUCUUCGACCAUGGCUAUGACGCCUCCACCAAGCGCUGGUGCACUGACGAGAUUAUCGACAACAAGGGUCUUUUCAACGUCAAGCUCCCCAAGGGCCUCGAAGGCGGCGACUACCUCGCCCGUCCCGAGAUCCUCGCUCUGCACAGUGCCAACAUCGGAGACCCCCAGCCCUACACUGGCUGUGCCCAGAUCUUCCUCAAGAGCAGCGGCUCUCUUGGUCCUGAGUCUACCGUCUCCAUCCCAGGACACAUGAAGGCCGGCGAGCCCAGCACCAGCUGGGACAUCUACAACCAAGACAAUUCCAAAUACCCGAUCCCCGGCCCCGCUGUCGCCAAACUCGUCGCCAAGGCCAACAUCGCAUCCGUCAACCAGGCCUCCGGCUUCAAGCCCGCCGACUGCAUCAUGGAGAACGCCAACUGGUGUGGCAAGGAAGUCCAAUCCUACUCCGACGAGAAGGGCUGCUGGGCUGCGUCAGAGGAUUGCUGGGCGCAGAGCAAGACGUGCUGGUCCUCUACGCCGCCGACGGGCGGUUCGGGCUGCAAGCAGUGGGAGACAAAGUGCACCAGCAUCCAGGAUGCGUGCAACGCGAAGGACUUCAACGGCCCGCCUAACAAGGGCAAGGUCAUGACUGCGGAGAAGAAGGCCAUCGACGUCGGCAAGAUCAUGGCGACCGUUGGCGGAGGUAUUGUCGAUGCUCCCGCACCUGCACCCGAGCCAGAAAAGGCCCCUGAGAGCAAGACGCAAGCUCAGGUCCCUGCGAAGGAAACACCUGUUGCUGAGAAGCCUGACUACCCGGCACAGCCCCCGGCUAAGGAAACCCCCGCUGCUGAGAAGCCGGCUGCUCAACCUCAACCCCAGCCUCAGGCUCCUAAGCCCACUCUCGCGGCCCCCAAGCCGGACCAGCAGGACUCGUACCCCGUCAAGCCCGCCCCUGCUCCCGCUCCUGCACCGGAGAAGGAAGAUAAGCCAGCUCCCGCCCCCGCCCCUGCGCCAGAGAAGCCCGCCGACAAGCCCUCCUCUACCAUCACCGCCGCGCCCUCCGCGCCUAAGCCUACCAAGGGCCCAGCGUGCGUGCCGGGCGGCGUUUGCAUCACUGUCACUGAGGUCGAGGUUGUUACGCAGACGGUGUAUGUUACUGCGGCGGUGGACUUCAAGAGGGGCAUCCAGAGCUUCCGCUCCAGGAGAAGGUGGGCUGCUCAUCGCGCUUAG